UUUGGUGUUUGUAUUUUGUUGGUUUGCUUAUUUUAAAUUAUUAAAUUAGGUAUAUUAAAAGAGUAAUCAUGGUAGUGACUGCUACAGAGACGCCUUCGCAGGCUCAAGUUAUAUUCAUAAUUGAAGCUACAGCUGCUAAUGGGGCAUACAUAAACGAGCUUAAAACAAAUUAUAUUAUACCAACUCUCGAAUAUUUCCAUGGAGGUCCUCUAGAGGAGGGUGGAGGGAACGGGUCAGUGUACGGUGUGGUCACAUACCUGUCAGCAGACUGCCACCCUGGGCAACCAGUCGCCACGUACGGACCCCUCACCUGCCCACAGAGCGUCAUUGAGACUGUUGAUAAGCUACAGUUCAUAGGCGGAGCAUCAGAAAGCCGCGCGUGCAUCACAGAAGCGCUCACAACAGCGGUGGCGUGCUUCGAGCAGCUCGGCCGCAGCGACGCGCCGCGCCACGCCGUGCUGCUGUGCUGCCAGCCGCCGUACUGCGCCGCCGCCGGCCCGCUGCUGCCUCAGGGCACACCAACCACAGUAGAGCAAGCUUGUCGUCAACUAUCCGAAGCCGGGGUGCAGCUGUCUCUGGUGUCGGGGCGGCGCUGCGCCGCGCUGCCGCCGCUCUACGAGCUCGCCGGCGGAGACCUUCAUAAGCAGCAUCAGAGGAACUAUGCCAAGGACCCCCGUCACCUGGUGCUGCUCCGCGGCUACAGCCUCAAGGAGCGGCCGCCGAGCCCCGCGCCGCCGCCCGCGCCAGAGAUACAGCAAGACAUGUACGGGGUGGGUCGCGGCGCGGCGCGCGGCGUGGGUUCGUUCCCGCGCGCCCGGGCCGGCUGGCUGCCUCCUGCCCGGAACACCCUGUAUGCGGGCAACUCGCCGCUACUGGCACAACUCGCUCAGCCGUAUAACCCGCCGCCCGUGCAGCCACAACAGUCGUCUCUCCAGCGCAUGCCGGGCAUGCUGGCUGCGGGCGCGGGGGCGCCGCCCGCGCCGCAGCCGCUGCCGCCGCAGCCCGCGCCGCCCAUGCCCGCCGCGCAGCCCUCAGGGUCGGGCACGGCCGCGCAGGCGCCGCUGCGCACGUACAUCUGGAGCGGCGUGCUCGAGUGGAUGGAGAAGGGCAAGGGGCCUAAGGACCAGAAGGUCACCAAACAUCUGCCGUGUCAAGUAUCAUCAAACUCCAAAGAGCUCGAGCCCGAGCUCAAAGUGGACGCUUGGCCGAGCAAGCUGCUGAUGCAGCUGAUGCCGAAGCAGCUCAUCAGCUCCAUCGGCGGGCAGUACCUGAAGGACAGCAAGUCCGUGCUGUUCCAUCUGCAGCCCAACGAGGCCUUGGAUGCCUUGACCAAGGUCAUGGUUAAUGGCUUUGCUGGCUGCGUGCACUUCUCCCCGAUGCCGUCGACGCCGCAGUGCGACAUCAAGGUGCUGAUCCUGCUGUACACGCCCGACAAGAAGGCCUUCCUCGGCUUCAUCCCCAACAACCAGGCCACCUUCGUCGACAGACUGCGGAAUGUGAUCCAGCAACAGAAGAUCACGCAGAUCAUCAACAAGCUGCCGGCGCCCGGGCAGCCGAUGGGCGCCGGCGCGAUGGCGUCCGGCAGCAUGCCCGGAGGUAGCAUGGGAGGCGGGUCGAUGGGCGGCGGCGGCAUGGCGGCGCCCAUGGUGCAGGGCGGCAUGGGCGGCGCGCCCGCCCAGCAGAUGAUGCAGCAGCAGAUGCAGCAUCCACAGCAACCAAUGGGCAUGAUGAACAUGCAACAACAACAACAACAACAGCAGCAACAGCAACAACAGCAGCAGCAACAACAACAAAAGCCUCAACAACAAGGCCCGCGCCCUCAACUCGACUCUCUCGAGGCAGCGAGACAACAGAACUUAGAGAAGAUACAACAGUUACAACAGACGUUGGAAGCGGCACAUCAACAAGAAGCCCAGUUCAAAUCGCAAAUGGAUAUAAUGUCGCAUCUGCAAGCGGCUCAACAACAGGAGCAGCAUUAUAAACAGCUUGAGAUGGAUUUAAUGUCGCAUCUACAAGCGGCCCAGCAGCAAGAACAGCAUUAUAAGCAGUUAGAAGAGCAGCAGCGCAAACACCAGUUACAGCAACAGUUGCAGCAGCAGUUACGCGCCGGCGCGCCGCGCGGCAUGCGGCCCAUGAUCCCGCCCAACAACCCCGGCCUCAGGCAUCUGCUGCAACAGCAGCAGCAGGCGGCGGCCCGCGGCGCCCGACCGCCCCACAUGUGAACACUGCCUUAGACUACACCCACACAACAACCGCAGUACAGGCCUGGAGGCCCCGCCAGGCCGCCCUCGCAGCCACAGCCCUUUGAAGAUGUUGCAAAUUACGAUUUCAUGUAAUCAAUAUUUGUAAAUAAUAUAACACGAAGCCUCGAA